GUGCAACACAUUCAGCUCUUUGGUUCCUCCUCACUGUGCUGGAGAGGCGUCAUUGCUGGAAACUGACAGGCCGGAGCUGCGACCUCUUUCGCAUGCGGGAAACACCGGACCCAAUUAACCCUUUCAGAUUCUUAUGGGGUGCAGAAUAAUGGAGAAAAAUUGCAUAACAAAAUGUGAAGAAGUGAAAGGGUCUGAAAACUUUCCAACGGCAAUGUAUACCCAGAACAAUCUGCUCCACACUGCACGCUGUUGGAGAAAUGGAUCACCUCGCUCUCUUUCUAUGGUCUCUCCCACCACAUUUAUCAAAUAUACAUUCCAUAAAGGAAUCGGGCAGCUUCAUGUGUCCACCCAUAGAUGAACGGACCACGAUGAAAACACCUAAGGGAGAAGUAGUAGACAGGGCAGCGCACUGCAUGAAGGAAAACACCCGGAAACUUCUGAGAGAGUGCUAUCUUCGAAAUCCAUAUCCCAGCCCAGCACAAAAGAGGCACCUUGCCUAUAUGACUGGACUGCGUCCUACACAGGUUACCAACUGGUACAAAAACAGAAGGCAGAGGGAUCGGGCAGUAAGCUCAAGGACUAAGUAGAAUGGGGACAUCCGGGGACAUUUCAUCAAGAUCAAAAUGUUCAUCGCAAUCUAAGAUGACCUGCCAUGUACUGGACGACUGCAUAAUACACAAAUUAUAUGACAAAUUAAUUCUAUGGCCGAAAGAAUAAGAAUGUCACCUUCCUUAGCAAUGACAUCUGUAUGACUCAUGUUGGUUAAAUGAAGAUAUGUACUAUCUAUCAUUUGUGUUAGAAUUUUGUGUUGUAUAUAAUAUACAUGGAAAUGGUUUUUCAGAUAUGAAGGUCACCACGUGUUGUUAUACUGUGUGUUUUUUUCCUGCAGAUGUGACCACCUGAGGUGUUGCAUUUACUGUAGUGUUAUCUAUGCUAGACGGUGUUAGUACAUGCACAAUUAGUAACUAAAUGCGAGGUAAAGGGGUAAAAUCUGAUGAUCAUAAGUAAUGCUUGAAAAUAUUAUUUUACUGAAAACAAUAAAAAUAGAUGUAUGAUUGGAAAAUCAGUAGUAAGGAAAUAUUAGGGCCCUAUUAUUCGUGGUGAUUAUUGGCCAAAUAGGCUGACAUGGUCCCAUAUACUAGGGCCAAAGAUCACCCGAAGGACAAGCAAAGUUUACA